AGCAUUGAAAUUUGCACCCAAAAAAAAAAAAAAGAUUGCGAUGGAGAAUGGAGCUUUGGUUGAUGGUGAAUUUGAGUCUCUUUUAGGGAUAUUCAACUUUGAUCAAUGUUCAUCUGACGAUACAAGCUUCUACAAUGCUCCUAGUGAGACUGAUGCUUUCUCUUCUGAUGAUUUCUUCCCAUUUGGUAUGAUUCUGCAAAGGAACUAUCCGGCUGUUCUUGAUGGUUCCAAUUACCAAACGAACCACUAUGUCGACUCAAGACAAGAGCUGAUGAAACCGAGGAAGAAGCAAAAGUUAAGCUCGGAAAACAAUUUGGUCACCGAGCCUAAGACUGCUUUGAGAGAUGGUCAGAGCCUAAACAGUUUCAAUAGUUCAGAUGAUGAGAGAGCUUUAGGUUUAACAGCUAAUACAUCAAAAAGCCUUAAAGGGAAAGCAAAACCCAAUAAACGGAUAGCAUCCGAUCCUCAGAGCCUAUAUGCUCGGAAACGAAGAGAAAGGAUAAACGAUAGGCUAAAGACAUUGCAGAGCCUAGUUCCUAAUGGGACAAAGGUCGAUAUAAGCACAAUGCUUGAAGACGCCGUCCAUUACGUGAAGUUCUUGCAGCUGCAAAUCAAGUUAUUGAGUUCAGAUGAUCUAUGGAUGUAUGCACCUCUUGCUCACAAUGGCAUGAAUAUGGGACUACAUCACAAUCUUUUGUCGCGGCUUAUGUAAGGGAAUAUCGUUGGAAUAACAUAACAUAUAACUUACUUUGUGUCCUUUUGCUGUAUGUUCAUGAUUAUGGUUAUUUUUGUUCGCGUUGUUCAAUUUUUCUGUCUAUUCAGUUCAAUGAACUUGACACUCCUUUAGUAAUUAUUAUAUGCUAAAGUCAAUUUGGACUACCAGCAUUUUAAUUUCAGUUUUAUUUUAAAAUGUACCUGGGGGUCAAAUAUAUUACUGUAAGGACGACUAAUAUUUUAUUUAGAUCUCAAUUCAAAAUCGUACCA